AAUCCAUACUUCGUCAAUCAGUUCUCUUUCUCUCUCUUUUAAGAAACGAACCAUAUCUCAACUCUCUCUCUCACACACACACACACAUAUACACACCCCGCAGGAUACCGGUGACAUGUCUGGUGAAAGACACUUGCCGGCGCCGUCUCCGGCGGACUGAUACCUGAGAUCCGAUCAAACUUUCGUACUUGUCCGCAAUGGAUACAACUCCGGCUUCAUUCAUAUAUCUCGAGAAAUCAGCCGGAAACGAUUGAGAUUCCGGUGGCCUUGCUCCGAAUUCUGAAUCGUCGCCGGAGAUCCAUGUAAUUGAUGUUGAUUGCUCCGACAUUGAUCACUUCAUCGUGAAAUUGUAAGAUUAGGCUUUAAUUUAAGUUAUGAUAUACAUGCUGGAGGCAAUUGUUUUGGGUAUAAAUAAUUUCAAAUGGAAAUAUAGGUUUGAUUUGGUAUAUUGAUGGAUAGAAUUUAUAGGUGGAGAACAGUUGCGUGCAACGAUCGCAACUUGUUUUCUGGUUAUUGGGAAAAUGAUCGACAACUGAAGCAGUGUUAGGUUAUCUGUUUGGAAAUUGUAGUGAAAUUGGUGUUGUUUUUGAGGAACUUGCAUAAAUUAGUUGGGGUAUACAAAGGAUUUGAUAACAUGGCUUUAGGAACUGAUAGGUCGAAGAAACUGAAAUUUUCUUCUUAUAAGGUAAAUAAAUCUUUCUCUGAUUAUUCAUUGGAGGGGGAAGCAGAAGAAGAAAGCACUGCAUUGGAAAUGAGGGCACAGGGAAGAGUUUAUGAUGGUCGGAUUAAAUUUGGAUCAAGUGAUUCUCUUCUUCCUGGUCUUUAUGAUGAUGUUGCGUUGGUUUGUCUUGCUUGGGCUUGUAGAUCUGAUUAUGCUUCAUUGUCUUGCCUAAAUCUGAGGUUUAAUUCGCUAAUGAAAACUGGGUAUCUGUAUGAAUUGCGGAAGCAAUUGGAGAUUGUGGAGCAUUGGGUGUAUAUGGUAUGUGACCCGAGGGGAUGGGAGGCAUUUGAUCCAAUGAGAAAGAAGUGGAUGAGAUUGCCUAAAAUCCCAUGUGAUGAGUGUUUCAACCAUGCAGAUAAGGAGUCGUUAGCUGUUGGUAGUGAAUUGCUGGUUUUUGGCCGUGAAUUGAUGGAUUUUGCUAUUUGGAAGUACAGUUUAAUUUGUCGUGAUUGGGUGAAGUGUGACGGAAUGAACCGCCCUCGUUGCUUGUUUGGGUCGGGUAGUCUUGGUUCAAUUGCUAUUGUUGCUGGAGGGACUGACAAGAAUGGAAAUGUUUUGAAAUCUGCGGAGCUAUAUGAUUCCAGUAAAGGUACGUGGGAAAUGUUACCUAAUAUGCAUUCCCCACGUAGAUUGUGCUCUGGAUUUUUCAUGGAUGGAAAAUUCUAUGUGAUUGGUGGGAUGACAAGUCCUACAGAUUCUUUGACGUGUGGAGAGGAGUAUGACCUUAAGACAAGAAGCUGGAGAAAAAUUGAGGGCAUGUAUCCCAAUGUCAGCAGUGCUGCUCAGGCACCUCCUCUUGUGGCAGUUGUCGGUGACCAGCUUUAUGCAGUUGAGUAUUUGACCAACAUGGUGAAGAAGUAUGACAAGGAGAAGAACUCGUGGGAGGUUUUGGGACGGCUGCCUGUCAGGGCUGAUUCUUCAAAUGGCUGGGGCCUGGCUUUCAAGGCUUGUGGAGAGGAACUUCUGGUCGUGGGUGGGCAAAGGGGUCCAGAAGGCGAAGCUAUUGUGCUGAACUCUUGGUGCCCAAAAUCAGGGGUCAAGAAUGGAGUUUUGGAUUGGAAGGUUCUUGGCGUGAAGGAGCAUGUCGGGGUAUUUGUGUACAAUUGUGCUGUCAUGGGUUGUUGAGGAUUCAUUCUAUAGAUUGAGGAUUUGCAAGCUGACUUGGCCUUUUAGCUUGCUUCCUGGACAUUAUUUGAUUGACCAGAAUUAUUUAUUGUUGAGAUAGCCGAUCUCAAGAUAACUUGUUUUUUUCUCUUAACAUUCCUGUAUCCAGAUGUUCCUCACUCCAAUGAUUCUGCAGUCUCUUUGCCUUAAAGAGUACUGGGGAGGAUCGCCCCUGUAACGUUGUUUUAUCUUUUUUCUUUCUUUAUUUUUGUCCAAGUUAUGUUUCAGAUUCACAGCCAACUGCUUCAUAUCAAUAAAUUGCGAAUCUUUAUUGUUCAGUUA